AUGAAUGCCGCCGCCCUCGCGUCCUGCUCCUCAGGCCGCGAACCAGAUGACCACGGCGACGUUGUCGCCUCCGAGGGCCUCGACAAACUAAUCCGACGGCGGCGGCGGGUCUACUUGGAUGGGGACGAACAGACGGAACCAGAGGUGACACGGCGUCACCACACUAGACUUAUUAGCCGGUGGGUUGCCCGCCAGGUUGAGGAGAUGAUCACCAUCAUUAAGCAGCGUAACAGAGAGUCAGAGCUCAUUGCACUCGCCGGCCUCCACACAGUUUCGAUGCUGGAGUCCUCAUUCCUCAGGGUCUCCCGGAGGACCACACCUUCGGGAACGGUGGAACGACUAGUUGUUACCCGCGCGUCGUCAGUACUUCAGAGGUGGAGGGAGCUUGAAGACGAGUCUGCGGGAAGGCAGCGGCGGAGUCUGCGGGAACUUCAGAACUUGUCUCAGCAAAGGCCAGUUUCAGAUUUUCCCCACCGGAAUCGCAUUCAGGUUAGCACAUUUUUUUUUUUUCUCAAGCUGACCCACACUUGAAUCCUGCUUAUUGUCAAAGUGUCAUGGUCGAUCUGAGGGAGUAUGACUUGAAACGAGAUCAUGAAUAUAUGGUGAUUAGCAGAUAUAAACUACUGUGUUUAAAUUUUUAAAUGCCUUUGUGGUCACUGAUAUUUCAUGUUACCUGCGGACCAGUGAUUCCUCCUUCAAGCAGCAAAAAUAAUGUUCCUAUCCAUAUAUAACUUCUGCUCUGUUAAGUACCUUAUGGCCCCUAUUCUGCACGUAGUCACUUUUCUGCCUUCUCUUCUGAUGAUAUUCUUAUUUACGUCUGUUUCAUCCAGGAUUAUAUUCCUUGUUAGACUGAAUGAUUGGAUAGGCAUACGGAUUAUACUGGGUCAUGGCUGUGUGCUCUUGUUUCAAAGGAAAUGUUACAGAGUAGAAUAAUGUUCUUUUCAGUUAAUUCUGCAAGGUGGGAUUGAAUGGUAUAUUCCGUCCUGAAAUAUGGCACACUGACCCGCUUCCUCUUCUUGGUUCCAGCGAACUGCCAACACAUUUUAAGCUACCUUUGAUGGCAUUUUGUGUAAGUAAUAGCUAUUGAUUAUUCUCCUUACAAGUAUAUAUUUGAUUUAGUGGUUCUGGCAAGCUCCAUCGGUAGUUAUGAUGAUUUACUUGUUGAUCAGUAUCACCUUCCCAAGAUAUGUAAACUGUCCCUGGAUCAAAGCCAAGAGCCAUUAUCAUAGUGUAGGUGCCAAUUCCAUGAACAGAUUAUCAUCUUAACCUUUAUCCCAGAAUAUUCUGUCAUCAUCAUCCAAUCAAUACAACGUUCCAAUUUUCUGUAACGACAAGAAAGGAGGUGGUCAGAAUUUUCUGUCGACCAUAGGCAAUGGGCUAUGGGAUGGUAACUGCUUCUGGCUUCGUAAGGUGAUUUGACGUGCUCUCAAAGUUCUCUAAUAGUCUAGGCAAAAAGGUUAAGGAAUAUGUGAUCAUCUCUGGCUACUACUCAAUUUGAGCAGAUAUGAAAAAAAACUUUAUAUUGUUUAGCUCAUUAAGGAUAAAAUACUGCCUCAUCUGAUCUUCAAAAUAUCUCUUUCUACUUAUCUCAAGUCAAAAUUAACGAUCUGUGCAACAGAUUGAUCCUUCCAAAUUUUUAAUAUGUAUAUGUUCUAUGUUAGUUGCUUCCUAGAAGUCAAUAAAAUCACGUUACACAUUUAGGUCAGUCGCGUCAUAUGUCAGUAUCGGCUAACAAAAGAAGCUACUCGUUUUUCUUCUGUGUUAUGUGUCAUGCGUACAUAAUGCAUGAGCUCAUGAAUCGUGUCGCCAUUUAAGUAAGAAUGCUUUUGCAGUCUCUUCUUAGGGGGAGAUUCUUGCGUAACGGGGUUUCCACGGAAGAGGAGAGGUCACCUUCCAUGGCAGCAAGAGAAAUAGGUCAGCUAAGGCAACGGCAUCCGGUCUCUUGUCUGAGGUAUGCUAUCCUAAUGCCAUGUUCUUCCCAUGGAGAUCUCUGUGGAAUAUUUUCAACAUCAUGGCUUUUUUGAAAGAAAAGUACAGUCAGACGCACCUAAGAGAUUAUUGACUUCUCUUACCGACCAACAACUCACUGUCCCUUGGUUGAUAUCAGAAGACACUGAUAUAGAUCCCACGAGGGUUGCCAUUAAUUCUGACUUAUUUUUUGAUAAGUUAACGAGAAAAAAACUCGUCUUUUGCAAUUUUUGUUGAACUUGUGUAUAGACAAUAUGGGUUUAUGGUUUAAACUAGAGUCCCGCAUAUUGACCACAGUUAUCAUCAACCCCAAUGUGGCAAAAAAUCACCUCUGUUACCUACUUGUAAGUGAUGAUCUUAAAACGAAUUAAAAUAUUAAACAAUGACGUAGAAAAAAAUAUAUUUACCGUACGGAUUUUUAUUUUUUUUAUGAACCCUGGUUAUAAUUAGAUUUUUUUGUGAAAUGUGAACUUGCUUUAUCAUUAGUUGAUUUGUCCGCUGGUAAAUAUUGGUUAAAAUACUUAGGUUUGUUUUCUACCGGGAACUAUCUUACAUCAAACAGGGUCUAUGAUACCUUGGACCACCCCUGAUAAUCAUGAACUUAUGUUGUUUACCGGAGUGUAUUUAAAGAGAUCAAGGUAGACUACGGGAAAUUUCUUGCAUUCUGCGUUGAUGAACGCCCUAGAAAUGAGGAUCGAGAUCCCCUGUAAGUUAAGUGAAAAUAUCGGUGAUCUAUACAGCUUUGAAAGGGAUAUUUUCAAAUGAAAUACUCUUUCCUGUAAGUAGAAUCGAUUUUCUCGCUGACAACAAUAGACACUCUUGAAUCAAGGAGCCUCUGGGCAAACUGUGCGAAAGAGCCAACUUAUUUCUAGGCCUGUGGAAAAGGCAACAAGUAACACAAUUGGGGGAGUGGUUUUAUUUAUUUCUAGUUUGAUCUGAAAAUGUGUUUUUUUUUACUUAUGUUUCUUUCAUGCUGAAUGUACCAGAACUAUGGACUUGAUCGUAUUGAUUUUCUACUGGGAUCUUUUGAAACGAGGUAAUCCAUGUUGAUUAUCUUUGUUGUUUAUAUUGGGUUUCGCUUCAGGCUAGAAAACAGUGUUCGAAGGCAAGCCAGCAAUCAUUUUGAUGCUUCAUCUGGGCAUAGCAUUGAUGGUACCAGAAGUGAUCAGCCUCAGCCGCACCUUGCUGUGCAACCCAGAACUGUUAGCUGUGAACAGUCUCAACCUGGUAAUGAAGGCAAUGAUGACCGUCAGUUGUCUGAGACUCCAAUGGGCGAGUUGGGGGGCACCAGCCCCCAUGGAAGUUUAGGAGAGAAUCGGCAGGAAGAACCAGAGGAUGAGAGACGUGGCCGGCCGCAGUUGGGUGAAGCCGGAUUUAGUCAAUGGAAUUCUGGUUUAGGAGAAGAAUCUGGUGGACAUUGGGAGGAGAGCAUUGACCAAAUUUGGUCCCAGGGAACGUCAAGUAAUCGCCAUGAACCAGAGGUCCACGAGUGGAACGAGGAUGAGACUCGUGAGACAGUUGAGAAUUGGGAAGAGGAGGCUCUUCAGUUCCUUCAAGAAGUCAACCAUCCAUACCUGUCAGAAGGGUCAAUGGGUUCAACCCACCUGAUGACGAUGACAACGUGUAUAGGACAGAACUCAGAGAGCUGCUCAGUAGUUUAUUGGCUCCAGCUUUUCUUCUUUUUUUCUGGCGUGCUGUAGCCUGUUGACGAUUAAUUUCCCCCUCUUUCAGGAGGAGUGUCUCAAAUCUUCUUCGCAGUGGGUUUAGAGAGAGAUUAGACAGACUGAUUCAGUCGUAUAUUCACAGGCAAGCCCACUCCCCAGCUGAAUGGGACCUCCAAACCCAUUCAGCGGAAGAUCAGGUUCCUGGUGGAGGUGAUCGGAACGAUGAUGUCCCAGAGGAUUCUGCCUCGAUCCCACUGCUCGUGUCUCCACCUCCAUUGCCGCCUCCCUGCCACUCUGGCAUCGGGCGAUGCAUCCCGCCAACUGGGCUCGUCGCAGCUUCCACCGAGAAGAAAUAGUAAGCCACAUUCACAGCUUCCGCUGCUUUUGGAAGGCGUGAACUGCUGUGGGUUCUCAACAGCUGCCGAAUACUUUCUUAUACGUGCAGGAGCGGGACGUAGUCAACGAUCUAAGGGCGGACGUGGCCAGGCUUCAGCGAAGAAUGACCCACAUGCAGAGGAUGCUGGAGGCCUGCAUGGGCCUGCAGGUGGAGCUGCAGCGAUCGAUAAAUCAGUAAGUCGCCGCCGCCCUGAAUCGUCAUCAGUCGGUCGCCGGGCAAGGUCCUUACUAUAUUCCCACCUUGUCCUCCGUGGCCUGUGUUUCUUUGACUUACACUACGGUCAGCGUGUACGGCAGGCGAAGAAGAAUCAGUGGGGGUCAACGUGCCCAGAUGGGGCCUCGUGAGGAAGGAGGCCUGCUGCGUCUGCUGCGACAGUCCCAUCGAUUCACUUCUCUACAGGUUCCACUCCCCACCCACCCCACUUGUUCUCUCCGUUGACUUCCUGGAAACGGACCAUCUCAUGCCCCUCUCUCUCUCUCUCUUUCUCUGGCUCAGAUGCGGCCACAUGUGCGCGUGCACCAAGUGUGCCAACGAGCUGGUCGGGGGGGGCGGCAAUUGCCCGCUGUGCCGCUCCCUCAUUGACGAGGUGAUCAGAGGCUACUACCUGCUGUGA